AUGAAGGCCGCCUUCACUCUCUUCGCCUCUCUCUGCGCGGUCACCACCGCCCUGCCUCACGAUCAGGCCACGAACCCGCAGGACUCGGGACUCGACAAGGCCACCCUCCUCCUCCACGAUGGCAGCACCGUGUCCAUCGACAAGAAAGACCUCUCCGCCCACCUGAACGGCGCCGCACUGUCUCCUCCGGUCAACGACUUGCCCAGACGCCUCACCAGCAGCCCCACCACCCACCUCACCAAGCGUGGCUCCGACGCCCAACUCAUCAUCCCCCUGCCCGACCAGGAAUUCCUCGGCUGGGACAUCCCCAUGUCGACCAUCACGCACGCCAACGAAGCCGAUGCCACCGUCGCCAUGUCCGCCGGUAACACGAUCGCCAACAGUAUCACGGUGGGCAGCUCGUUCGCCGCGUCUGUCGAGAGCUUCCUCACCGUCACCACGCACAUCGACUACGGCUACACCGAGACCAGCGCCCUGACCGGCACCGUGACCAUGACGAUUCCCAAGAACAAAUGGGGCGCCAUCGUCAGUAACCCCUUGACGCAGCGAAAGCGCGGAUACGUCUUCAACGGACAGCCCGGCAGUGGCUCGUUUGAGUACUUCCAGGCGGACUCGUUCAACUCGGAGACUUAUACUUAUGGUCAGAACUCGUUGUCGUGGGUUAAGGGUGUCAUGACUACUUGUCUGGGCGAUUCCUACCCCCUGAAGAUGUGCAAUGGGGAUGGUGAGCUGAAAUAG